GGCACUGGUGACGUCACAACACGGAAGUGGCCCUGUCCGUUUCAGAGUGAAACCCACUUCCUCCCUCCUGAGCAACUCUUCAUUCUGGGUGGGGGGGAAUCUGGAGUGAACCCAGGGAGGGAGCAGACACUGCAAACUCAAGAGUAUUUGGAGAUCUGAAGACAGAAGUUUCAAAAUCAACAGAUGAAGGGCUUAUGUCUGAAACAUUGACUGUCCUGCUCCUCGGGUGCUGCCUGACCCACUGUGCUUUUCCAGUGCCGCACUUUUCAACUCUGAUACUCCAGUGUCUGCAGUCCUCACUUUGAUGUCGAUGUCUGACAGUCACUGAAUCCAUUUGGACCACGAUUUUCUACCACGGUUCUGUGAAAAGGAGCAAAGCUUUUUGGUUCUUAUUUCAGUACGUUUUCAGCAGCAGUGGGACUGGAUGAGAGACCAUACUGUUGCAGUGCAGUGAGUGUGGAGCCUGAAUCAAUAAUACAGCCUGGAAAGAGGAAUUCACGGUGGGUAGAGGCUCUACACUCAUUUGUGUGCUGCUGAAGCUUCGGCCAUGGAGAAACUCGAGGAAUCCCGCCCUGUGGAGAAACCGUGGAAAUGUGGCGACUGCGGGAAAGGUUUCUGUGUCCCAUCUGCCUUGGAGACUCAUCGACGCAUCCACACCGGGGAGAGGCCAUUCUUCUGCCCUGAGUGUGGGAAGGGCUUUACGCAGGCCUCCACCCUCCAGAUCCACCAACGAGUCCACACGGGGGAGAGGCCCUUUAGCUGUUCUGAGUGCGGGAAGGGCUUCAGCCAUUCCUCUGACCUGCUGACCCACCGGCGGGUCCACACGGGGGAGAGGCCCUUCAGCUGCCCCGAGUGCAGGAAGGCCUUCAGCAGUUCCUCCAACCUGCUGAGGCACCAGCGACUCCACAUGGGGGAGAGGCCCUUCAGCUGCCCUGAGUGCGGGAAGGGCUUCAGCGAUUCCUCCAUACUGCUCAGGCACCAGCGGGUCCAUACAGAGGAGAGGCCCUUCAGCUGCCCCGAUUGCGGGAAGGGCUUUACCCGGGCCUCCCACCUGCUUACCCACCGGCGGGUCCACACAGGGCAGAGGCCCUACAGCUGUCCAGAAUGUGGGAAGGGCUUUACCCAGGCAUCCAACCUGUUGACUCACCGGCAGAUCCACACCGGGGAGAGGCCCUUCAGCUGCCCUGAGUGCAGGAAGGGCUUCACCCGCUCCUCCAACCUGCGGAGGCACCAGCGGGUUCAUGAUUGCAGACUGCGUCGUUUCAUCUGCAUUGUAAAGUUUAAUAGCAGCACCGGGAGACGUCACGCGGGGGCGAAGGCGGUUGGGAGGAGAAGUCGCUCGAGCGGGGAAGCGGCGGGAGGGCGGCCGUUAGGAAGAUGGCGCCGUGCGGCCCGGGGCAGACACCCGUCACUGGGCACCGCCGCCUUCCUGGCGCAGCUGCUGUGUCACGGCCACACCGGCCGGCUGUACAGCAGGCAGGAGCCGGUGAGCAUUCUGGAGGCGGAUGGGGUUAAGGGCCUGCUUGGGAACUCGUCGGCCGCCUGGGUGGUGGAGUUCUACUGGUCGUGGGGCGGCCCCUGUGUCAACUAUGGGGCCACCUGGAAGGUACUGGGCCCGGGAGGUGAAAGACCUGCUCAGUCUCAGCAGUAUCCCAAUGUCAUGAAAGAUAUUAAUUUUCAAGUGGAGUUAUCCAAAAUUCAGAGAGAUGUCAGUCUUGAUGUUUUUGCUUUUCUGGAAGAUCCUGGAUCAACCCUACUGUUGCAGCACAUUGUGUGGAGCCUGAAACAAUUAAACGGCCUAGAUAGAGGAAUUCACGGUGGGGAGAGGCUCCACACAUGUUUGUGUGCGGUAGGAGCUUUGGCUAUGGAAAAACCCGAGGAAUCCUGCCCAUUGGACAAACGAUGGAAGUGUGAUGACUGCGGGAAAGGUUUCCGUUUCCCAUCUGCCCUGGAGACGCAUCGGCGCAGUCACACUGGGGAGAGGCCGUUCCCCUGCAGUGAGUGCAGGAAAGCCUUCAGCCAUUACUCCGACCUGCUGAGGCACCAGCGGGUCCACACGGGGGAGAGGCCCUGCAGCUGCCCUGAGUGCGGAAAGGCCUUCAGCAAUACCUCCCACUUGCUGACCCACCGGCGGGUCCACACAGGGGAGAAGCCCUUCAGCUGCCCUGUAUGUCGGAAAGCCUUCAGCAAUUCCUCCUCUCUGCUGAGGCACCGGCGGGUCCACACGGGGGAGAGACCCUUCAGCUGCCCCGAGUGCGGGAAGGCCUUCAGCUAUUCUUCCAACCUCCAGACCCACCGGCGGGUCCACACGGGGGAGAGGCCAUUCAGCUGCCCAGAGUGUGGGAAGGCCUUCAGUGAUUCCUCCAACCUCCAGACCCACCUGCGGGUCCACACGGGGGAGAGGCCAUUCACCUGCCCCAAGUGCGGGAAGGCCUUCAGCACUUCCUCUGACCUGCUGAAGCACGAGUGGGUCCACGAGGCGGAGAGGCCCUUCAGCUGCCCUGAGUGUGGGAAGGAAUUCAUUCAGGUGGGCAACUUGCAGAGGCACCAGCAGGUCCACACCAGGGAGACGCCCUUGCCCUGAGUGCAGGAAGGGCUUCACCCGCUCCUCCCACCUGCGGAGGCACCAGCGAGUUCACAUGCUGUCGCAGGGUGAUUGAAGGAGCGACAGCUGAGUGUAAUUAUCGUCUGCACUGUUAACUGAGUUCCGGGGAUUCCCGGGUUCAAAUCCCGUCGCUGCAGAUGGCAGAAUCAGAAUUCAGUUAGAAAUCUGGAGUUCCGAAUCUAACGAUGAAACAAUUUUCAGGGGUAUGUGCCUGGAGAAACCCCCAUCUGAUUCACUUACAUCAUUUUUAGGGAAGGACACUAUUGUUGUGGGAAAGGAUUCACUUAGUUGUCCCAGCUGCAUCCUUUACCCAUCUGGCCUACACGUGACUCCAGACCCAAAGUAAUGUGGUUGACUCUACACUGCCCCAUCCUGGCAAAUGAGCAGGGAGGAACUUACUUGGAUACAGGAUAUGGGUUAAAAUUGCUGUGAGGAAAUACUUCCUAUGGGUUGAGGCUGUACCAAAGAUCCAAUUACAAAGGGACAACUCGGUGGUGAGCAAUAUUAAGGAAAGGUGGGGGGAGUACGUAGUGGAGUGUGUGCGCUUUGACCUUGAGCUGUUUUUAAAAAAGCUACUUUUUGUACGCCUUUUUCCUGGGGGGGGGGGGGGAUCUGAAGCUGUAACAAAGUUGGGUCACAAUAAAGGUUACUUGAACUUACAGCUGGGCUCAGGCUCUCAUUGAAAGCUUUGAGCUCCAAGAGGUUUUUGUUUUAAAGCUGCUCAUUUCUUUCAGCCUCCUGCACUAAGUUUCCAAUGUCAUGUAUCAGAAGGGGCAGUGAAUGAGUAGCUAGUAUCGUUAGAAAUGGUAAAUCUUUCAAGAGUGUAGGCACUGCAUCAUGCCGUUGUAACGUUUACUGGCAGCACCAAGAAGUCUGGGCUGUGUUCACUAGAAAUGAUGUGGAGGAGCCGGUAUUGGACUGGGUUGGAUAAAGUUAAAAAUCACAC